AUGGCUUUGAGGCCGGAUAACUGGGGUCAGACUGAUUACUUGGGCCAAUGGUUUGUCGAGAUGGGUAACAGCGGUCAGCAAACCAGGAGACACGGAGUACGAUCAAUGGUCAUGCUAACCGUCUGGGAAAUCUGGAAGGAGAGAAAUAACCGCGUCUUCAAUAAGAUCAACAGAACACCUGAACAAGUCUUCAGUGAAGUUCAGGAUGAGGCAAGAGUUUGGAUACGCGCUGGAAACAAAGGCGUGGAAAUGGUGCUACCAUCGCCGGCGCAGCUACCAGGAGUUGCGCCGUUUGGACCAAUAGUAUAG